UUGAAGUUAUGUACGUCACCAUGCUGAACACAGGAAUGGAGUUAUGUGGAUGUGCGUGAAGGUGCCCACAUGUUCUACUGGCUGUAUUAUACCACAGCACCUGGAGGAUUCCAUCAAGCACCCCUUGUCAUGUGGUUACAGGGUGGACCAGGAGGUUCUGGUACAGGAUUUGGAAACUUUGAGGAGAUUGGACCCUUAGAUGUGCAACAAAAUCCAAGGAAUACAACAUGGUUACAAGCAGCAAGUUUACUGUUUGUGGAUAAUCCUGUGGGUACUGGUUACAGUUACGUAGAUAACAAGGAGGCGUACACUCAUGAUGUUGCUGGUAUUGCUGCAGACAUGAUGGUCACAUUACAUGCCUUCUUCAUGAUAAAAUCAACACAAUUUCAGGAGGUUCCGUUCUAUAUUUUCUCAGAAUCUUACGGUGGAAAAAUGACAGCAGCUAUUAGCCAAGCUUUGUAUCAGCAUAUUCAAGCUGGAGCUAUAAAAUGUAACUUUAAAGGACUGGCAAUGGGAGAUUCCUGGAUUUCACCAAUAGAUUCAACAGCAACCUGGGCACCCUACCUUUAUGCAAAUUCCCUGAUAGACCAGUCAGGAAAUACCUCUAUUACUAAUUCUGUAAAGAAGAUUACAGAACUCAUUGCUGACGGUCAGUGGGACAAGGCUACCAGUCAGUGGGGAUCUACCCAGACUGUUGUUGAACUGGCAACAAAUGGUGUGAACUUCUACAACAUUCUCAAAUGGGGACAGGAAGGAAAGAGCAGUAUGUUUGCGAGUAAGGAUGGCCUUUCCAGUCGGGCACUUUCACGUCUUCACCAAGACGACCUUGCUGAGUUAAUGAAUGGCAAAAUAAAGAAGAAACUUGGAAUUAUUCCAGACAGUGUUGAAUGGGGUGCCCAGUCAGGUGAAGUGUUUGCAACACAGAGUGGAGAUUUUAUGAAACCUGUGGUGGAUAUUGUUGAUGACCUUAUACAGAAUACAGAGUUAGAAGUGGUUGUAUAUUCUGGGCAGUUGGAUCUCAUUGUUGAUACUAUAGGUACUGAGGAAUGGAUGUCCAGACUUACUGUUGCUGAUUUGUUCCGAGAUGCAGAGCAUAAACCUAUACUUGAUCCAGUAACGAAGUUAACAUCUGGCUUUGUGAAAAAAGCAAAGAAUUUCUCAUUUUACUGGAUUCUCAAUGCUGGUCAUAUGGUGCCAUCAGAUGAUGGUGAAACAGUAUUGCACUCCUUCUAUCUGUCAGAUAGUAUUGAAUUCCUUCUAUCUGUCAAAUAGUAUUGCAUUUAUUCUGUCUCUCAGUGUACCAUUCCUUUCAUCUGUAACCAGAUGAUGGCGAGACAGUAGAGCAUUUUUAUCAUCUGUUUUCAGAUGCCAUCAGAUAUCAGUGAGACUAUUCCAUUUUUUCAUGAAUUAUGCCCCCUUUUACUUAGAAUUUAAGGUUGAUCUUGAUGCAUUUUCACUAUAUCUCAGUUAUUACUAAAUGGAUUUGAUUCAAACUUGAAAUAGGUGUUCCACCUUAUCACCCACAUCAUGUGACACAAGGUGCAUAACUCUGACACCAAUUUUUUUAAUGAAUUAUGCCCCCUUUUACUUAGAAUUUAAGGUUAAUUUUGAUGCAUUUUCACUAUAUCAUUCCGGUUGGCUUAGAGUCAAAGGGAAGUAACCUUUUUUUAACUUUUGUACUGAGUUACUUCCCCUUAAAUUCCAAGAAUUAGUCAAUUUUUAGAUUUUGGGUUUUUUCAAAUUUAAGGCAUCAUAGCGCUUGCAGCAUUCUUUUUUCAACCGGGUAUUUUUACCUGGUGCUGAUUUUCAACAUUUUUAGGUAUCAAAACCAAAAAUAUUUUUGGCCCUAAUUUUUUUUAUAUAUAUUGUAUAGUGUUAUUUGACCUUAUAUAGCAACUUUUUUUAGGGGAUUUUAGGUAUUUUUCUAACUUUUUUGUUACUAACAAAUACAAAUACAUUUUUCUGUGGUAACAUGCGUCAGUAAGACAUUUUUUUUGUAUUUACAUUUAGUGUAUCUCUAAUAUUAGAGAUUUUUAUAUUUACUCAUCCCUCAUCCUGGGCACAUAUACUAGUAUUACUUAUAUGUGCUGCGGAAGCCCAGGAUGAAGUACUCCAAAGACGAGUAAAAAAAUGUUUUAAGUAUUAAUUUUUAUCUGGUGCUGAUGUAAAUAUCUCCUCUUGUCAAUUUUCAACAUUUUUAGGUAUCAAAACCAAAAAUAUUUUUGGCCCUAAUUUUUUUUUUUUUAUAUAUAUUGUAUAGUGUCAUUUGACCUUAUAUAGCAACUUUUUUUAGGGGAUUUUAGGUAUUUUUCUAACUUUUUUGUUAUUAACAAAUACAAAUACAUUUUUCUGUGGUAACAGGCGUCAGUAAGACAUUUUUUUUGUAUUUACAUUUAGUGUAUCUCUAAUAUUAGAGAUUUUUAUAUUUACUCAUCCCUCAUCCUGGGCACAUAUACUAGUAUUACUUAUAUGUGCUGCGAAAGCCCAGGAUGAAGUACUCCAAAGACGAGUAAAAAAUGUCUAAGUAUUAAUUUUUAUCUACGUUUUAGAUUAUUCUAAGUAUUUUUAAAAUUUCUUAUGGUUGCCAUUCUUCUGUGACAAGACCGUAUUGUGGGGGUAUAAGUCACUCCUGUGACAGUUCCAGUUCUUCCUGUUUUCAGGUGCUAUCAGAUAACAGAAAUAGAGUACAGCAUUCGUUCUGCCAGAUAAAUUAAGUAACAGCAAAAUAGCAUUCCUUUUAUGUUUUUAAGUUCCUUCAGAUAACAGUGAUGCAGCAUUCCUUUUAUUUGUUUUCAGGUGCCAACCGAUAAUGGCGAUAUAACAUUCCUUUCAUCACU